UGGUGAUCAGGCUCACGCUCAGUGUGCCCUAAACUGUCUCAAAAGAACGCGAUUUCUCCCCGUCUGUAAAGAAAAAGAAUUUUCUCGCAAGGCGUGCUGUCCGGUAGAACUCGUACGCAGGUUACGCGAUUUGCAAAUCCAUAAUGAGUCUCAAGAAAGUACUUUGUCUUCUUGUAUUCGUCGCAGGCGCAGCGGCAACCGAGUGCCCCGCUGGCUACGAGGUCGUUGGGUCCAAGUGCAUCCACCGCCUGCCUGGUGGUUACCUCACGCACGACGACGCGGUGGCUUACUGCCACCAGAACUUCGGCAGGCUGCCCGUGCUGCACGACUGCGCUUCCUUCAUUGGUGUUGCCACUUAUGUUGACGAUGGAUACUCAGCGGACGCCUACAACGGCUACUGGCUGGGCGCCACCAACUCGUCGGCUACCGGCGUCUGGCAGUGGAACGACGGCACCGCCGUGCAGAUGGGCGCACCGUACUGGGCGGUCAACACUGCAGCUGAUGGGAGAACAGAGCCCAACAAUGGCCAUGACGGUGAAAACUGCGCCAUGAUAGGCGCCACCAGGGGCUGGCUGCUCAAUGACUUGAGUUGUACCUCAUCAGGCUCCGUCGUUUACGCUGUGUGCUCAAGAACUCCAACGGAUGGUUUUUGCGCCACUCCGUACAUCUUGGUGGGUACGCAAUGCAUUCACUUACUUCUGACUGAUUAUAAUAGCUGGAGCGAUGCGCGCACCUCAUGUGGAUCGACAGGAGGAGAUCUAAUAAUUCUAGAGGACUGCGACCAGUACCACAAGGUUACCACCUACCUCAACGACCAAGAAUCUAUUGCGACGUCUAAUUUCUCGUCCAAUACGACAGGCGCAGCGGCAAUCGAGUGCCCCGCUGGCUACGAGGUCGUUGGGUCCAAGUGCAUCCACCGCCUGCCUGGUGGUUACCUCACGCACGACGACGCGGUGGCUUACUGCCGCCAGAACUUCGGCAGGCUGCCUGUGCUGCACGACUGCGCUUCCUUCAUUGAUGUUGCCACUUAUGUCGACGAUGGAUUCUCAGCGGACGCCAUCAACGGCUACUGGCUGGGCGCCACCAACUCGUCGGCUACCAGCGUCUGGCAGUGGAACGACGGCACAGCCGUGCAGAUGGGCGCUCCGUACUGGGCUUUGAACGCGCCAGCUGAUGGGAGGACACAGCCCGACAAUUACGGAACUGGUGAAGACUGCGCUAUGAUUAGACCCUCUAUGGGCUGGCUACUGAAUGACGCAGCUUGCACACUUUCAGGCCGCGAUGCUUCCCCAGUGUGCUCAAGAUCUCCAACGGAUGGUUUGUGCGCUGUUCCAUACGACCUGGUAGGCACGCAGUGCGUUCACCUUCUGCCAACAAGUUACAACUUUACCGAUGCACGCACCGCGUGUGGGUCAACAGGAGGAGAUUUGAUAAUUCUAGAUGACUGCGAACAGUACAGCAAGGUUAUCAAAUACCUCAUGGAGCAAGGCUACAGUCCUUAUGGAUAUUGGAUCGGUGGCUCGGAUAAAGUCUUAGAGGGACAGUGGCGCUGGAUUGACGGUUCUCCAAUGGCAAUGGGGCUGCCUUACUGGUCAAAUGUGAGAUACAAUAAUUAUAGGAAUUGUGAUGAGUUGAGGAGCUUCAACUACUUAGAGAAAACUCUGGAAAUCUGA